GAGAAUCACAACCCUGAAAUAACAUUUAUGUUUCUGCGUGCACGGUGGCGCCUGUCUAUAGGGACCAAACGUCGACUAGGGAAUCUAAUUAUCGCCUCGAGGACUUCACCUGAAAUAUAGACUUCUCGGUGGAGAUUUCGCGAUUUUUAAUAAGCAACAUAUGUGCGACGCUGAAUGCUACGCGGUGAACAGCCAGAUGCGCGCCUCGCCUGCCAGUCUGUCAUCACAGGCAACGACAUAUGACAUUUGCAUCACAGGAAAGAUGAACUAGCUAAACUUGCUUGCUUUUGUGGGGAAAAAAUGCCAUUGUGUUUGGUUAUUGAAAUAUGAGCCAAACGCUCUGCAGAACUAUUAGUCGUUAUUUUGUAGCCGCAUGAUAGCCUUUCAAUUUAACAUAAAUUAUCCAACAUCCAUCUUUCAAUAAAUAAUCUUAUAGCCUACCCGUUGACAUCGCUGAGGAAGUUCGCUUCAGCUGAGGGGCACCAUCAAUCUAUGAAUAUUCGCACACAAUAAUUUGGAAUCUUUAGUUCAUUCAUGCAAAAUGUGCGAGAAUAGACUACUUGAAUGUUCUUGAGUGCGUAGAAGUCCUCUGUAGGCUACCAGCGACAGACAUUUCGACAUAGGCUACUGACAGAGGAGACAGAACGACUUCUAUUUUCUACGUGGCAUGAGUCGGUAAAGGAACCUUUGAUAUUUGUGUUUUGGUUCCAGGUUUGAUAUAUCUGCAUUGAGAGUCAACAAUUGUGGAUAGCCUAUAAUGGAAUUUCUUAACCACCGACAUUAGAACCGCAUCGGUCCUUCAACAAAAGGUCUUUAGCCAUUGAAGCCUAAAAUAUUUAGGAAGACAUCCAAAGAGAUACUUUUUGCAAUGGCAAAUUGAAAACGGCUUAUCUACAAUUAUUUCAAACGGACUGCGCAGCACACAUUUAUGUGCUAGGCUAGAGACGUUAUUGCCUAUUAUGGAAAACUGGGACCGCCUUUACGCGCCUAAACGAAAUAAUGUCUUAAAGUGAGGCAAGGUCGCAUUACUAUUUAUUCUGAUACGCAUAUGGGUAUAAUUCCAUGAGCAUAAACAUGAUAUGAGGGAUACGCCGCCACUGUUUUUGUCAUUUUUAACCGGCAGGAUUUUUCGCGUUUCAUUCGCAGUGGUUGUUUUGAAGAUAGCAGGUUAUUAAUUGUUUAUCUUUAUGCAUCCGCGCGAAGAAGGACCAAGAAAUGACAAACGACGGAUAACCACAGGAGAAGGAGAGAGUGAAAAGAGGGGGAAGGAAGAAUGAAUGAGAUAUACUGAGCAACGAAGGAAGGAGAUUGGAGGAAUCAAGAGGUCUUAGUGGGAGGAGCUCUCUCCAUGACCCUGUGCCUGCUGACCACACCCAGAUUCCCCCUAACCCCGCCCUCCAGCAUGGCGCUGUCACUCUGGCUGCUGUGUACCUGUGCUGUCACCUCCCUGCUCAUCGCCCCCUCUGCUCAAGCUCUGAGUCGGUCAGCGAUGCCCUUCGGCCUGAUGCGUAGAGAGCUGGCGUGCGAGGGAUACCCCAUCGAGCUGCGCUGCCCUGGCAGUGAUGUCAUCAUGAUUGAGACAGCCAAUUACGGCCGCACGGACGACAAGAUCUGUGACGCUGACCCCUUCCAAAUGGAGAACGUGCAGUGUUACCUGCCUGACGCCUUCAAGAUCAUGUCACAGAGAUGUAAUAACCGUACCCAGUGUGUGGUGGUGGCAGGGUCCGAUGUGUUCCCAGACCCCUGCCCAGGGACCUACAAGUACCUGGAGAUACAGUACGAGUGUGUCCCCUACAUCUUUGUGUGUCCGGGCACACUGCUGCGUGUACAGGCGGCCAGCUCGCUGCAGGAGGCAGAGCAUCAGUCGGGGGCGUGGUGUAAGGACCCCCUGCAGUCAGGUGACCGGCUCUAUGUCAUGCCUUGGACUCCCUACCGCACCGACAUGCUGUAUGAGUACGCUUCCUGGGAGGACUUCAGACAGAACCGCGCCACCACCACCUACAAGUUGCCGAACCGUGUUGAUGGCACAGGCUUCGUGGUAUACGAUGGCGCCGUGUUCUACAAUAAGGAGCGCACACGCAACAUGGUCAAGUAUGACCUGCGCACACGCAUCAAGAGCGGCGAGGCCAUUAUCGCCAACGCCAACUACCACGACACAUCGCCCUACCGCUGGGGUGGGAAGAGCGAUAUCGACCUGGCAGUGGACGAGAACGGGCUGUGGGUCAUCUACGCCACAGAGUCCAACAAUGGACGACUGGUGGUCAGCCAGGUGAACCCGUACACCCUGCGCUUCGAGGGCACCUGGGAGACCAGCUUCGACAAGAGGCUGGCGUCCAACGCCUUCAUGGCGUGCGGCGUGCUCUACGCCGUGCGCAGUGUCUAUCAGGACGACGACAGCGAGGCCGGCGGGGAUCUGAUCCUUUACGCCUACAACACGAACCGUGCCCGGGAGGAGCCCGUCCACAUCCCCUUCCCUAACCCCUACCAGUACGUCUCCUCUGUGGACUAUAACCCCAGAGACAACCAGCUCUACAUCUGGAACAACUAUAAUGUUCUGAGAUACCCGCUGGAGUUCGGACCACCGGACCCCACCACUGGCCCUCUGACGACCACUCAGGUGACCAGCACCACGCCAGCCCGACCUUUCACCUCCAGUUCUAGCCCUGCUACCACCCGCCCCCUGGCCCCCACCUCUCACCCCAUUGGCGCUAUCAACAAGGGCCCUGACCUGCGGCCAAUCACAGCCACCGUACCAGUCACCAGGCGGCCUCCCCGCCCACCCGUCCAGGGCCCGGAGCCCCAGGUGUGUGAGUCCAGAGUGGCCAGAGGGGUGCAGUGGCCCUCCACCCAGAGAGGAGAGACUGUGGACCGCCCCUGUCCUAAAGGAUCACUAGGCAUCGCCUCGUUCCAGUGCUUGGCGGCUCCGGUCAUGUGGAACCCUCGGGGCCCUGACCUCAGUAACUGCACCUCUCCCUGGGUCAACCAGGUAGCCCAGAAGAUAAAGAGUGGUGAGAAUGCUGCCAACAUAGCUGGGGAGUUGGUGAACCACACACGGGGGCGGAUCCACGCUGGUGAUGUCAGCUCGUCAGUGCGUCUGAUGGAACAGCUGCUGGACAUACUGGAUGCCCAGCUUCAGGCCCUGCGGCCCGGCAACAAGGAGUCAGCCGCACGCAACUACAACAAGCUCCAGAAGAGAGAGAGGACCUGUCGGGCUUACAUCCAGGCGGUAGUGCAGACAGUGGACAACCUGCUGCGUACAGAGGCUCUGGAGUCGUGGCAGGACAUGAACACUACGGAGCAGGCCCACACCGCCACCAUGCUAUUGGACGUCCUGGAGAAAGGAGCCUUCCUAUUGGCCAACAACAUGUACGGCAACCGCUUCACCGACCGGGCCCCCAAUAUUGAUCUGGAGGUGCACGUGUUGAACACAGAAAUGGACCUUCAGGACCUGUCCUUUCCUCAGAACUACGUGAGCGACAGCACCAUCCAGCUCUCCGCCUCCACCAUCAAACAGUACAGCCGCAAUGGCCAAGUCAAGGUAGUGUUUGUUCUUUAUAAGAACUUGGGCUCCUUCCUGUCUACGGAGAACGCCACGGUGAAGAUGGAGCUGGAGGCGGCACCGGGGGAGCGGGGAUUGGCGGUCAACUCCCACGUCAUCGCCGCCUCCAUCAAUAAAGAGUCCAGCAGAGUGUUCCUCACUGAGCCGGUGGUGUUCACACUCAAACACUUACAGUUGGAGAACCACUACAGUCCCAACUGUUCGUUCUGGAAUUACUCUGAGCGGUCGAUGACAGGCCAGUGGUCGUCUCAGGGCUGUAGACUGCUGGACACCAACAGCACACACACCACCUGCUCCUGUUCCCACCUCACCAACUUUGCUGUGCUCAUGGCCCACCACCAGCCUGAUUACCCUGGGAGGAUGCACGAGUUGAUCCUGUUUGUGAUCACCUGGGUGGGCAUAGUGAUCAGCCUGGUGUGCCUGGCUAUCUGCAUCUCUACCUUUUGCUUCCUGAGGGGCCUGCAGACCGACCGCAACACCAUCCACAAGAACCUCUGCAUCAACCUCUUCAUCGCAGAGCUCCUCUUCCUUAUCGGAAUCGACAAGACCCAGUACCACAUUGCCUGUCCGAUCUUUGCUGGGCUGCUUCACUUCUUCUUCCUGGCUGCAUUCUCCUGGAUGUGUCUGGAGGGGGUGCAGCUCUAUCUGUUGCUGGUGGAGGUGUUUGAGAGCGAGUACUCCCGCAAGAAGUACUACUACCUGUGUGGCUACUGCUUCCCAGCUCUGGUGGUGGGCAUCUCGGCAGCCAUAGACUACCGGAGCUAUGGGACCAAGAAAGCGUGCUGGUUGCGGGUGGAUAACUACUUCAUCUGGAGCUUCAUUGGCCCUGUUUCUUUUGUUAUUAUGCUGAACCUGGUGUUCCUCAUGAUCACCGUGCACAAGAUGACCCGCAACUCCUCUGCCCUAAAACCUGACUCCAGUCGCCUCGACAACAUCAAGUCAUGGGCUAUUGGGGCCAUCGCCCUGCUCUUCCUGCUUGGCCUGACCUGGUCCUUCGGCCUCCUCUUCAUCAACGAGAACACAGUUAUCAUGGCUUACCUCUUCACCACCUUCAACGCCUUCCAGGGCAUGUUCAUCUUCAUCUUCCACUGCGCUCUGCAGAAAAAGGUGCAUAAGGAGUACAGUAAGUGUCUGCGUCACUCGUACUGCUGCAGCCGUUCCUCCACCACCAGCUCCCACGGCUCCCUGAAGAACUCUGCCCUGCGUGCCAACAACCGCUACUACACUGGCAACCAGGCCCGCCACGCUGCCGCACACAGACAGAGUCGGAUCCGCAGGAUGUGGAACGACACGGUUCGGAAGCAGACGGAAUCUUCCUUCAUGGCGGGAGACAUCAACAGUACUCCUUCACUCAACCGUGCCACCAUGGGAAACCACCUCCUGACCAACCCAGUGUUACAGACCCGUACUGGCACCUCUCCCUACAACACCCUACUAGCUGAGAGCUUCACUCCCCCUUCUCCUGGGGUCUUCAACUCCACCGGAACCUUCCGUGACCCAAAGAACACUUUGUGUAAGGCCCGUGAUCCAUGUGGUAUGGACACCCUGCCCCUCAAUGGUAACUUCAACAACAGCUACUCCCUCCGCAGCGUGGGGCCGGUGGGCGGUGGCGGGGGCAGCUGUGACUUCCUGGGCGGGGGCAUGGGGUGUGCAGACGCCCCCCCUCCCCUCCUCAACCCCCGCGGGUCUGAAACCCUGGGCGGGGACGGAAUACGGCGCAACCUGUCUGACGCAGCUGCCUUCGAGAAGAUGAUCAUCUCUGAGCUGGUGCACAACAACCUGCGUGGGGCAGGAGCUGGGGGCGGGGAUAGGGUAUGUGGUAGUCUGGCGAGGGGCCCUCCUCAUGGCGGAGUAGGCCGAGGCACGGGAGUAGCUGUGCCAGAGCCGAGCAUCAGCCUGGACGACGAUGAGGACUUCCUGUCCAGAGAAGGCGGGCGCCAGAGGACGCCGCAGGACGUAGAGCUGCUCUACAAAGCCCUGGAGGAGCCGCUGCUGUUGCAGAGAGCCCAGUCUGUCCUUUACCAGUCUGACCCCGAGGAGUCAGAGAGCUACACGGCCGACCUUACAGAGAGCCUGGGCCACAGUGGCCACAGUGGGCACAGCGCCGGAGGCCAGGGGUCUGGGGGACAGGGCCCUGACUCUCCCGCCAGGGACUCCCUGUACACCAGCAUCACCAACCUGCGAGACUCGCCCUACCCGGACAGUAGCCCCGAGCCCCUGGAGGUGGUGCCCCGCUCGGCCCAGCCCCCUGAGGAGCUCUAUUACAGCUCUGGGAGGCCCGCCCUGGGGUCUCGAGGAGCACCCAUGCAGACCUUCUACCAGGCCCCGCCCCCCAGGAGGCCCAGUAGGGAGGGGGAGGGGCACCCCGGCCAGGAGCCCACCCACAGCGAGGGAGACGGACAGAUGCAGCUGGUCACCAGCCUGUGACUGGAACCGGGAGGAUGCGGACGGGGACCAAGAUGAUGAGGAUGAGGAUGAAGGCUGGCUGGUUGCCUCCUCAGAACCCGCCUCUCUCUCUUUCUCUCGCUCCUCUCCACUUCCUGCUUGAUUGGUUGCCUUUUUUUCCCUCUUUAUUUGUAUUGAAAGAUGAGCGAGCAAAUGUACAUUUAAGGAGAGUUUUAGCUGUCUCCACGGCAACAGUCUUAUCCUAGAGAACCUCCGCUGUCUGGUGGAGUGAUGGCUGAGUUGUUCUUCUCUGGAACAUUCACCCGCUCUCUCCUUCUCUCUUUUCAACAUCCCCCUUUCUCUUGGCACGCAGCAGACAGAUGCCAAGUCCAGCACUCUGAAUGUACCAAUCCAACAAGCCCCUUAUACCUUACUCCUACAGAGCUACAGAUAUUUCUCAACUUAACUUUGUUCAAAGUCCAUUUUAUUUAAUUUCACUGAAUUUCUACAAACAUUCCUCUCGAGAAAUUGGUCUCAUUUUCUAGUUCCCUUUUCUCUUUCCCUUUUUCAUGUUCCAUCUCUCUUUUUGUUCACUCAUCAUUUGCUCGGCGUAGUUAGCUGUGGAGACAGGGGAUAUACUGUAGUAGCCUAUUAUACCGUAGGAAAAAAAUCUCUGAAAGCUACUUCAGUGUUGCCAAAAAUACAUUUUCCCAGCCAGAACAGAAACUGGAGCAUUCGCACACACACAGACAUACACACACACGCUCACUCACUCACAGAAGUGCUUGUUUCUGAACAUCAGACACAACCCUCCAUCUGAGUAAAAAGAAGCCAGAACAAUUGUUCAGACAAAGGCAGUUGGAACUGUCUAAGAGUAGUUGCCUUUAUUUUAUCUUGCUAUGAACUGACUCUUAUGUACAGAACUAGAGGAGAGACUGAGGAAGUAGGAAGUACACCACAGGACAGGAAGGCUAUUUGAGGGGUCAAGGGUCAGGGGUCAAGAGGUAGAUCUUUAGGACUCGAGGAACGGACAAUGACUUUUUUUUUAUUUGGGCUUUUUUGUUAUUUUCUUCAGACAUUUGAAAAGUAAAAGACUGCUUUACUAACUUUGAAGAAGAAUAUGUUAUCUUGGUGACUUUCUGUUGCAUCACCCGGAGGGUUAAAGGGGCAGAUUGUGCACCCUUUAAGAAUGGAUGCCCUCUUCAAUGGAUGUGUCCACGUCACCUAUGUGUGGUUGUGACAGAAUGGACUCUAAAUGUUGGAAGCAUUUCAGCCGUUACGCAAGUCUAACCCUGUACAUAUGAACCACACAAACUACAGUACUUACUCUACUCCUACCGUGUAAAUACAGAAACCAGAUGAAGAAAAGCAACAAAAAAGUAAGAAAUACUAAAAACAGACUUCUUGUACUGCAACAAAACAACAAAAGAAAAAAAGAAAAUGUU